ACGAUCAUAAACCAUUUUCUGGUGGGGCACAGCACAACAACGUUGCAAACCUAAGCCACUCUGGCAGGCACACAAAAGAUUCGGCUUCCAUUUUCCGUUUUCCUUCGACACUAAAACCACCAAGCCCAUAUUUAAACUCACAUCAGCUCUCAAAUCUCAACACCUCUCUCUUGACAAGCUUUAAUGGCAGACUCAGCACAAUCUUUCCAAGAAAAAUAUGCAAAAGCGCUCAAUAUAUUUGAAACUGCAAAAGAAAAAAUUGGAGCAGUUUUACAUACUGAAGGAGAACUUGAAAAUGGCAAAGGAAGUCAUGGUAUGCUAGAUGGCAUUGAUGAGAACACCCCUGUAAGUGAUGUCAAAGCGCCUAAUAUAUUUGAAAGAGCCAAGGAGGAGCUUGAGGCUCUUGUUGAAACAAUCCAUCAGAAGAUUGACUCUCAAACUAAUGAAAAAGGAGACCAAUCUACAAAGGCAGGGCCGAACCCAGAGAAAUCAGAUUCUUUGUCAGAAAAAAAUGCAGAAGCACAAGGAACUCAUGGCAUGCUAAAUGGCAUUGAUGAGAACACCCCGUUAAGUGAUGUCAAAGCGCCUAAUAUAUUUGAAAGAGCAAAGGAGGAGAUUGAGGCUCUUGUUGAAACAAUUCACCAGAAGAUAGACUCUCAAACAAAUGAGAAAAGAGACCAAUCCACAAGGGCAGGGUUAAACCCAGAGAAAGAUUCUUUGUCAGAGAAAGAGGCCAAGGCCCCAGCUUUGAUUGAAAGAGCAAUGGAAGAAAUUGAAGCCCUGAUUCACCAUGAAAAAUCACCAUCUCAUCAUCAUAAAGAAACACAUGGAAGGAGUGAUGACAUCAAUGAGAACACACCCAUCAACGAAGUUAAAGCACCAAAUGUAUUUCAACGAGCAAAGGAAGAGGUUGAAGCACUUGUUGAAACAAUCCAUCCCAAGAAAGAAUCAACCAACUUUACCUCCUCAUCUGGGAAGGAAGGAGGAUUCUGGUCUUCCAUUGGAAGGUUUUUGGAAAAAGCAUGCUGUCCUUUGGCUCCAAAGGGAGAUUAACAUCAGGGAUUCAAAGCCUGAAUACAGAGAUUUGUGUGUGUUGGGUUGUGCAGAAACUAUAUAUGUAAAUUGAGAGUUGUGUUUGUUUAAGCUUUGUUUUUUUUUUUUUUUUUUUAUUUGUCAAGUUUGUGUGAACGGCAAAGUAAUUUUACUACUGCUUCAUUUGAUAGCU